AUGAAUCAGUUACUAGCUGCUAGCCUUGAGAGGCGGCAUGGUGCUGAGGACGCCAGUUUUGUGGCUUGCAACAAUUCUAAUGACUACAAUGGCCAGCUCAACCUGCGGAUUGCAGCCAUCUUCGUCAUGCUUGUUGGAUCUAUGGCCGGUGCUGUGCUGCCUGUCUUUGCUCGACGUGACCCAGACUCACCUUCGAAAACCAAACUCCCCUCAUGGGUGUUCUUUGUUGCCAAGUUCUUUGGCUCAGGAGUCAUUAUUGCUACCUCCUUCAUCCAUCUCUUAGCUCCUGCACAUGAAGCACUCUCUCAUCCUUGUCUGACAGGCCCCAUCAAGGGAUACCCCUGGGUCGAAGGCAUACUGCUCAUGACGAUCAUCAUCCUCUUCUUCGUCGAGCUGAUGGUAAUUCGAUAUGCACGUUUCGGCCAAGAUGACCACGACCAUCCCAGCCCGGAACCACAGGUUGAAGCAAGUGUAAUCACUGCCGAACCCAAGACGUUAAAUGGUCACAAUCACAACCACGGCCAUGAUCACCUCGGCCACUCCCACGACCACCCAUCAGACGGGGGCUCAGACGUCAUCGAGGCCUCUCAUACCACCCUCCUAGAAGACUACAGUGCACAGCUAACCUCUGUUUUUAUUCUUGAAUUUGGCGUUAUAUUCCACUCCAUCUUCAUCGGACUAACCCUCGCCGUUGCUGGAGAAGAAUUUAAGACGCUAUUCAUCGUCCUUGCGUUUCAUCAGACGUUCGAGGGUCUCGGUCUGGGAUCCCGUCUCGCCACCAUUCCCUGGCCCAACUCUAAAAGACACACCCCUUACCUCCUCGCGGUUGCCUUUGGCCUAUCAACACCCAUUGCCAUUGCCAUUGGCUUGGGGGUGCGUCACUCCUAUCCUCCAGAAGGCCGCACGACGCUCAUAGUCAACGGCAUCUUUGACUCCAUCUCUGCCGGCAUUCUUGUCUACACAUCGCUAGUCGAGCUGAUGGCCCAUGAAUUUAUGUUCAGCACAUCAAUGAGACGGGCACCUAUUCAAACUGUCCUAUCCGCUUUCGGCCUUCUGUGUCUUGGGGCUUUGUUGAUGGCACUUCUCGGGAAAUGGGCAUAG